AUGGUUGGAGCUGGUGUGAGAUUAAGGCGGAGGGUAAGUGGUGUGGGGCGGGAUGAUGAGGUGGGGAGGAAGAAGGACGCCGGAUCAAGAAGCUGGAAACUAAUGAAGUCUUCCGGGGAAGAAAUGGAUUUGGACGUCGACAAGUAUUCCAUUAUGAGGCGCGUAAAUGUCCACGCUCGUGAUCUUCGAAUUCUCGAUCCCCUCUUGUCCUACCCCUCCGCCAUUCUCAGCCGUGACAGGGCCAUUGUUCUCAAUUUGGAACAUAUCAAGGCAAUUAUUACAGCCGAGGAGGUUUUGCUCCGAGAUCAAUUAGAUGAUAAUGUUAUACCGGUCGUGGAGGAACUUCGGCGGCGAUUGAAACCGAUAAACACAGCUCAUGAGGGUCAAGGAGACGAAGAUUUACCUUUACAGGAAGGUGAAGAAAUGGGUGAUGAAGAUGAAUCUCCAUUUGAAUUCACGGCCUUGGAGGUGGCUUUAGAAGCCAUCUGCAGUUACCUUGCUGCUCGGGGAAUAGAAUUGGAGACUGCUGUUUACCCUGCUAUGGAGAAGCUUACGUCCAAGGUCACUAGUCGUAAGUUGGAUGAAGUUCGUAAAUUAAAAAGCCAAGUCGCAAGGUUGAGUGCUCGCGUGCAGAAGGUGAGGGAGGAGCUCAAACAACUGCUGAAUGAUGAUCAUGAUAUGGCUAACCUUUACUUGUCCAAGAAAUUACCCGGGGCAUCUUCCCCUUCACCGGGUAAUAAAUCGGAUACUGGCAGUGUUUCUCAAGGUGGGGAUAUUCAUAUUGUACCAACAGCAGAUGGAUCAGAUGAUGACUUUGGUGUUGAGGAACUUGAGGUAAUACUUGAGGCUUACUUCACACAUAUUGAUGGCACGUUGAACAAGUUAACAAUGCUACGUGAUCACAUUGAUAACACGGAAGACUACAUUAAAUUGCAGCUCGACAAGCAUAGAAAUCGGCUCAUGGAGGUUGAGCUCUUUCUUAGCGUAACAUUCAUAUGCUUAUCAAUCUACUCUACGGUGGCUCAAUUAUUUGGCAUGAGUAUCCCCUACAGUUGGAAUUUUGGUUAUGGAUACCUGUUUAAAUGGGUUGUCAUCAUCCCGGGGCUUUUCAGUUCCUUCCUUUUCAUAUUUGUUAUUUCUCAUGCUUGUCGCAGAGGGAUUAUUGGAUCAUAUAAUUCAUAA